GUUGAGCAGUAGAAGAUAACUGCCGAAGCCACCGUUUUCUUAUCCCUUCCCGCCCGCUUCUUCUUCUUCAUCAUCUUCAACCUCGCCUCCAAAAACCCUUCUACAGAGAAGAGAUGCAGACCUCAUUCUUCUCCCCAUCUUCAUCUUCUUCACUUGCCAUUUUGAAGCUCAACCAAAACCCUCUUCUGGGCCAUAUUGUUUCUACGCCGCGUUUGCCCCUUAAAAGAAGACCCACUUCCACCACUCGCGCACUUCUCUCAGCCCACCGACAAUCAGUUCUCAAGGAUUUUCAGGAGAGACGAGCUCUGAAGAUUAUUUCAGGUCUGCAGAACCUAGACAGGGAAAAUGUGGCUUCAGUAGUCACUGCAGCUGACAAGGGGGGAGCGACUCAUGUCGAUAUAGCUUGUGAUGCAGAGUUAGUGAAGCUUGCCAUUAGUUUAACUUCUCUUCCAGUUUGUGUUUCUUCUGUGGAUCCAGCAGAGUUCUUACCUGCCGUUGAAGCUGGAGCAUUAAUGGUGGAAAUUGGAAACUAUGAUUCAUUCUAUGAGGCAGGAAUAGUUUUCUCUGCAGAUCAGAUAUCGAAUCUAACAAAAGAGACUAGGAGGUUACUGCCGUCUGUGGUCUUAUCAGUCACCGUGCCCCACACACUUGGACUUCCUGAUCAGGUGAAGCUGGCAGAGUUUCUGGAACAAGAAGGUGCUGAUAUUAUACAAACUGAAGGAGGAAAAUGCUCUCAUCCUUCAAAAUCUGGCGUGCUUGGCUUGAUCGAGAAGGCAGCGCCCACACUAGCAGCAGCAUAUUCGAUCUCGAGGGCUGUUAAGAUUCCUGUCAUGUGUUCGUCCGGGUUAAGUGCUGUCACAGUGCCAAUGGCUAUCACGGCUGGAGCUGCAGGCGUGGGUGUAGGAUCAGCAGUUAACAAGCUCAAUGAUGUUGUAGCGAUGAUUGCAGAGGUCAGGAGCAUUGCUGAUUCCUUAGCACCAUCAGCUGCCCGGCUAAGCAGACCCGAUGGCGCAUUUUUGAAUUUGUAGAUUUAUGGUUCUCUCGUGCAUGUGGGAAACGUUUGCCUUCCUAUUAAGAUCCUUUUAUAUGGCUUUCCUCCUAUGGUAUUAGAUACGAUAGUUGCAUACGAUGCUUUAGGCUUUAAAGACGACGACGUGUUUCAAGCCAUAAGCUUUUUCGUGUAUCAGAGCAAGAUAAGAACUCAAACCUUCAAAAUCAA